CACACGGAAAAUCUUAACAGUUGACUUUUCUACCGUUGAGAUGGCUACCGAACUGGUACUUAGCUCCAGCGAAAUUCGCGGAUUAUGCCAGCGAUAUUUACAUCAGGAUGUGCCCAGUUCGGACCCGGGCUUCGAUAUAAUUAGCUAUGAACUCAAGUCCACGUCAGAUGCCCCGGCUGGAUAUCUGGGCAGUCACUUCUACCUGCAGGUCACCGUACAACUUCACGAUCCCGAGGAACGGAAGCAGCUGACAUUCUUCUCGAAGGCAGCUCCCGAGGGCAAUGGACCACGAAUGGAGUAUCUGGAGGAUUUUGGGGUGUUCCAGAAGGAGAUUGCCGUCUACAAGGAUGUACUACCCGAGCUUCAGAAGGCCUGCGCCCCAGUAGCACCCAAUUGCUAUUACGCGGAUAAAAACCUGCUGGUAUUUGAGAAUCUGGCGGAUCAGGAUUACCGCAUGGGCGCCGGCCGUGAUGGACUGCUCGACUACCGACAGCUGCAAUGUUGCCUGAAAACCCUGGCUGCCAUGCAUGCCGGAUCCAUUAUCCAGGAGCAAAGAACUGGAAAGAAGCUACCAGAAUCCCACCCAAAGGCGGUUGUCGAAAAUGCCUAUCCUCUCGGAGUAAAGCCAAAUCAUCUUAGGAUGGUGAACUUCAAUAACGCUUGCAAAGUGCUAAAGGAGUUCAUAAAACUGAUACCCAAAUAUGAGUCCAAGCUUGAAUAUAUUCUGGAGAACUUUACCCAGAAGAUGUCGUUUAUCUUCGAGGCUGUCAAGACUUCAAAGAAGUACCAGAACACUCUGCUUCAUGGUGAUCUGUGGGCCAACAACAUUAUGUUCCAGUAUGGCAAAUAUGGAGAGACUCCGUUUCAGUGCCGAAUAGUUGACUUCCAACUGGCUAGGUAUGCUCCUCCAGCCCUGGAUGUUAUCACUGUCCUCACCAUACCCACUUCCAAGCAGUUCCGGGAUCAACAUCUCAACGAGUUACUGGCUCAGUACUAUAGUUUCAUGAGAGAGUUUCUCAAGAGAGCCGACUUGGAUAUAGCUCGGUUCAUACCAGAGAAGAGUUUCUUCGAUUCGGUGCAGGAGUUCCGCAGUAUUGGACUGAUCGAGAGCUGCCUCUUCUGCCACCUGGUCAUGCUCCCGUCCUCCUGCACCCAAAAGUUGACCAGCUCCGCCGAUGGCUUCAAUGACUUCUUCAGUAAUCGACGGAUCGAGAUCUGUCUGGAGGCCUUUAACUCUGAUGAGCUCUACCGAAAUCGUAUGGUGGAUAUGAUUCAGGACUUUGUGGAUAACUUUGUUUUAAAAGGGGAUCUGUAAAUGGGGCAUAAAUAAUAUUAUUUGUUGAUUAUUUGUUAAAACUUAGGGCACCUUUAUUGUGUAUAAAAAUAGUUAAUGUAAAUAAAAUAAAAACUAAACAGAAUAUGAGCUAUGAUUUGUAAAAUAAGAAGCAAGUUUAUGAAAUAUAUGAAACCUGCAAUUAAAAUGUAAA